ACUUUUAAAAGCAAAACAAAUAUUAUAAUGGAUAAUUUGAUUCCAUUACCAUUCUCAUUAGAACAAACCAAACAUCAGAUUUUAAUACAAAUAGACGAAAUUUUAGUUUGGCAGCCUGUUUUGGGUUUUUCUUCUGAGAAAAAUGCACGCGUUGGGCGGUGGAGGAGGCGGCCUCGGCGGCCUAUGGGGUUGGAACCUUCCACCGAGGAAACACGAACGGCUUCGCUCCAAAAACCAAAGAAGACGACCUAAUUCCAACUCCUCCGAAUCUGCCCAGGCUACUAGCAGAGCCGGUGAAUGGUUCCCCUUGAAGCAAGCCAUGACGGCGGGCUCCCUUGCUCUCACUGGUGACACAAUUGCUCAGCUCAGUGAGCGUUGGAGAACCUCAAAGGCUUCCAAGAAACAUUCCUCUCCCUCCGAUUCUCAGGAUGUUGUGCAGACUCUCCUUUCGGACCAUAAUUGGCUUCGUUCUUUGAGAAUGGCAUCCUAUGGGUUUCUUUUGUAUGGCCCUGGUUCUUAUGCAUGGUACCAGUUGCUUGAUCGUUGUUUGCCAAAGCCAACAGUGACAAACGUGAUGCUGAAGGUUCUAUUAAACCAAAUAGUGCUUGGUCCAUGUGUCAUUGCUGUUAUUUUUGCAUGGAACAAUUUGUGGCAAGGGAAGCUCUCACAGCUUCCAGACAAGUACCAGAAAGAUGCUCUUCCUACCCUACUUUAUGGUUUUAGGUUCUGGAUACCUGUGAGUGUAUUGAACUUCUGGGUAGUACCUCUUCAAGCACGCGUAGCCUUCAUGUCAAUGGGUUCAAUAUUCUGGAACUUCUGCUUGUCUUCUACAAUGAACAAGUAGUUUAGUCAUUGGGUUGUAUGGUAUCAGCUCAGAAAUUUUUUGACUGGAGGUAUAAUAUCCAAUCUUCUAUAUCCUUUUGUGUUUAUAGUACUUCUUACUGUACCUUUAAAAAUUCUGCAUAUUUGCGGAUCUUGAUAGGUUAGGAGAAAUAUUUGGGAGCCUGAGGUAAAUGGUUCAAGUUGUGCUCUUCACUUUUGCUUUAAAGUAAAUUUUUUUAUGGAAAUUUGUAGACACAAUUUUAGCCUUAAGAAAGGAUUUGAAUUUUCGGUGACAUUUGCCUUUGGACUUCACUUGAAAUAUGUAUAGAAAAGGCUGUGUUCUUCCAAUUUGGGAAUGACAUAUGUUUUACUUGGUUA